CUCCCAGCAGGCAGAGCAUCCGCGGCCGCCGCAAGCUGCGGCGUUGACCUCUGGCCCCGAGGCCACCCCUGGUUUCAACAUCGUCCACACUCCCUGGCCCCAGCUGCCCCGGAGGCCGUGCCGGGCCGCGGAGCUGCAGGUGAAGCCGCCGCAGCCGCCGAGUAGGUGCGCGGGGAUGAUCUCACUCGCGCGCUCCGCGCCAGGAGGAGGAGGAGGAACGGGAGCAAAUCCAACUUCCGGGUAGCGAAGCCGCACGCCACCGGCAUCUUGCUUUUUCUUACCCCUCCCCCUGUAUACCCUUCUCCUCUCCCUCCUUUCCUUCUUUUCCCGGCCCCACCCGCCAAGAUGAACAGCUCUGACGAGGAGAAGCAGCUGCAGCUCAUCACCAGCCUGAAGGAGCAAGCAAUAGGCGAAUAUGAAGACCUUCGAGCAGAGAACCAGAAAACAAAGGAAAAGUGUGACAAAAUAAGGCAAGAACGAGAUGAAGCAGUUAAAAAGCUGGAGGAAUUUCAGAAAAUUUCUCACAUGGUUAUAGAGGAAGUUAAUUUUAUGCAGAACCAUCUUGAAAUAGAGAAGACAUGUCGAGAAAGUGCUGAAGCUUUGGCAACGAAGCUAAAUAAAGAAAAUAAAACAUUGAAAAGAAUCAGCAUGUUGUACAUGGCCAAGCUGGGACCAGAUGUGAUAACUGAAGAGAUAAAUAUUGAUGAUGAAGAUUCAGCUGCGGACACAGAGGGUGCUGUCGAAACUUGUGUCUCAGUACAGUGUCAGAAGCAGAUCAAAGAACUUCGAGAUCAAAUUGUAUCUGUUCAGGAGGAAAAGAAGACAUUAGCCAUUGAACUGGAAAAUCUCAAGAGCCAACUUGUAGAAGUAAUUGAAGAAGUAAAUAAAGUUAAGCAAGAAAAAGCUGUUUUAAAUUCAGAAGUUCUUGAACAGAGAAAAGUCUUAGAAAAAUGCAAUAGAGUGUCCAUUCUAGCAGUAGAAGAGUAUGAGGAAAUGCAAGUAAACCUGGAAUUAGAAAAGGGCCUUCGGAAGAAAGCAGAGUCAUUUGCACAAGAGAUGUUCAUUGAACAAAACAAGCUAAAAAGACAAAGCCACCUUCUGCUACAGAGCUCUGCCCCUGACCAGCAGCUUUUGAAAGCUUUAGAUGAAAAUGCAAAACUCACCCAGCUCCUUGAAGAAGAGAGAAUUCAGCAUCAACAAAAGGUCAAGGAAUUAGAAGAACGAUUGGAAAAUGAAACACUCCACAAGGAGAUACACAACCUCAAACAGCAACUGGAGCUUUUAGAAGAAGAUAAAAAGGAAUUGGAAUUGAAGUAUCAGAAUUCUGAGGAGAAAGCAAGAAAUUUAAAGCAUUCUGUUGAUGAACUCCAGAAACGUGUGAACCAGUCUGAGAAUUCUGUACCCCCACCACCUCCUCCUCCACCGCCACUCCCCCCUCCACCUCCCAAUCCUAUCCGAUCCCUCAUGUCCAUGAUCCGGAAACGAUCCCAUCCCAGUGGCAGUGGUGCUAAGAAAGAAAAGGCGACUCAACCAGAAACAACUGAAGAAGUGACAGAUCUGAAGAGGCAAGCAGUUGAAGAGAUGAUGGAUAGAAUUAAAAAGGGAGUUCAUCUUAGACCAGUUAAUCAGACAGCCAGGCCGAAGGCAAAGCCAGACUCUUCAAAAGGCUCUGAAAGUGCAGUGAAUGAACUGAAAGGAAUACUGGGGACACUUAACAAAUCCACUAGUUCAAGAAGCUUAAAAUCCCUUGACAUUGAAAACAGUGAAACUGAGUUAGAAAGGAUUUUGCGCCGCAGAAAGGUGACGGCAGAAGCAGAUAGCAGUAGUCCAACUGGGAUAUUAGCCACCUCAGAGUCCAAAUCCAUGCCAGUGUUGGGUUCUGUAUCCAGUGUAACAAAAACAGCCUUGAACAAGAAAACUCUGGAGGCAGAAUUCAACAGUCCGUUCCCCCCAUCACCUGAGCCAGGUGAAGGGCCCCGUAAAUUGGAAGGAUGCACAAGUUCCAAGGUUACAUUUCAGCCUCCCAGUAAUAGUGGAAGCAGGACGAAAUACAUGGGCAGUGAAAAACAAGCUGGACCAGUUGUAGUUUUAAAUCCUGUUUCCACACAUGAACCCCAAACCAAAGACCAGGUGGCUGAAAAAGAUCCAGCUCAACCCAAGGAGGAUGAAGACGAAGUUAAACCAGAAUGCAAAGACGACAGCAUUGAACAAAUAAGAGAGACAGACAGCUCCAACUGCUGAUUCAUGAAGCAGAAGGCUGACAAGUUUGGAAGUCCUUUUCAAUAAGCACAUGAUUAGUUUUGGUGUAUUGGCAAGGGCUACAGACAUUCUGUUCUUCUAAUGUAUUCAGAAUACAGGUUCUUUUCUGAUGUCACUUUGUAAGUUAAGUAGUUUGAUUAUAAACAUAAGUAAGCCGUUUAGCAAAAUAUACAUUCUAGGUAGUUUUUGUUUUUUGGUCUUUACUGGGGUAAGGGUUUUCCUUGUUACUGUGUGACUUGUUUUAGAAGGUUACAGAAAAUGCAGGUGUUGGUACCUUUUUAGGUGAUGUACAUACCACUCAACAAAUGUAAUGCUGAAAGUCUGUGGCACUUGUGGAUAACUGGAUAAACACAAAUGACCAAUUUAAGGUCAUUUAGAGCCCCCAAAGAAGUGUCUGUUUUAGGCUUCAUCCUCUUUUGAUGGAGGAACUGCAGUAGCAUGGAAACUGUUGGGCAUUAUGGCAUACAAAUUACUUUCUGGGGGAUACUGAGAUAAGUUUAAAUUCAGGAAUUGGCAUCAACCUAGUGGUUCCAUAGUCAAUGUUAAUUACAUUGUCAUCAGUGGAAUGAAAAAUACAUGCUAUUGAUCAUGUCCAAAACAUCCCAAGGACUUCCAGGGAAUGUUCUAGGGUUCUGAAUCUAGAAUUGAGGUGAAUGCUAAAGUCUAGACUUUGAAUUUAAUACAGUAUCAUCUAGGUGAGCCGUGAGUUCUGCACUAAUUGUGUUUUCUCAUAUACUAAGGUGGCACGAAUACCCUAUUUUACCACAGUUCUCAAGUACAGUGAAGUGAAAAACACAAUUUUCUUGCUUCACUGAUGUUCUGUAUUACACAGGGUUUUCUGUUUUGUUUUUUUGUUUGUUUUAAGAAAUUAAGUGGUAGUUAGACUCUAGAAAUACAAUAUUGCAGGCUACCACAGUGAAUAAAUAGAAAUGUAAUCAGGGAUUUUUUUUUUUUUUUUAAUCUUACACAGCUUUUCAAAGUUGAUUGUUUCAGAGUUGGUGUUUAUUUAAAAUAAGUGGUAAUGUACUUAAUGCAUUUUUUAUGACAAUGAUUCAGUAAUGGUAAUUUUACUGUUAAAGAAAGUAAAAGGUUUAGUUUUGUUAGCAUGGCUCAGCAUGUAGCUGUCAGGUGUUUCUCACCUAAGGGCAAAAGAAAAUGAUAGUAAUAAUUGCAGUGGUUGUAUUUUAUUUCUGCACGUGUACUAAGCAUAGGUUUAAAGAGGUGGGUAGUCAGGUCAAUGUGCUUCCUAAAUUUGGAGAUAAUUAUCUUUCUAUAGAUUUGUUAUGCUUGACUAUUUCAUGUUCUUCCAGUGAUGGUUUUCAGUCUCUUAUCAGUUUACUCAUGGGGAAUUAAAAUGUAAUUUUUAUUUCCAUGGAAUUAAAAUGUAAAAUAUGCUUUUCAACUGUAAUUUCCUCUAACUGAAUAAGACUGGUAUAAGAUAUGCUAACUGCAGACUGUAUUAAUUCACUUAAACAAGUUCUGUUAUGCUGUGAUUUGAACUCUCCUACCACAACUUAUUAAAAAACACCAACAGUUUCCCAUUUAAA